AUUUCAACCAAUCGGUGGUGUAGUUUGUAUCCCAUUUGUAAUUUGUAAAGUUUAGUUUAGUUUUCUUGGCCUCGGAGAAGUUUGUCAUGGCGGACGUGUCGAAAGCUCAAAAAUUGAAGUUAGCAAAUUCAAGAAAACGGUUCAAAGAAUUGCAGGAAUUGAAGAAAAAGAAAGAUGCUAGUCAAAAGCAAAUUGCUGACAAUAUUAGUAAUCAACCAGCUGCUAUAGACAGCCUAACUAGCUCAACUCAUAGUUCAUUAAAUAAUGAAGUUUCUGUAGAAGACACUGGAGUCGCCUUCACCACUCCCACCUCUUUAACAAAUUAUUUUGAUAAUUCUAAUUAUGGAGACAACUCCAUGUUUUUCGAUACUCUGGCGAAAGGUGAAGUCAGUGAACACGGCAAUCAAACAUCGGAUAAUAACAUUUUUAAUUAUUUCAAUGCUCCACAAUCUCCAAGUAGCUUGGAAACUAUGGUUUCAAAUAUAGUAGAUACUCCAAAAUAUACUGAAGACAGUUUUGAGCCUCAGUUUACUGAAAGUUAUGCUUUAUUCCCACAAGAAACUCAACAUAACUAUGUUGCAGAGACGCAGCAGAUUCUACAUCCCGAUCAAGAUAAUCUGAGCUUGGAUGAUCCAGAAAUUAAAGAGAACGACCUCUUUGAACAUCACAGAAAAACUGAAAAUACAGAAGACUUCAUGAACUAUCAGAAUGGUAAUAAAGAAGAAAUUAGUGCUAGCGAGAAUGCUGCAAUCAAAAAUGAAAUUAUCUUUAACUCAAACACAGCACAAGCCGAGGUGAAACACUCCAGUGUGGAGAGCUUGAAACAGCUCUCUAAUCAAAUGGCACAGCUUAUAGAACCUGAAUAUGCCAUAUCUAAUCCCAUUACAGAUUUAGAAAAGCGAAACUUGGAACUGGCAUCCUUGUUAGAACAUGAACGCUUGAACUCUGAACAACAAAAAGCUCAAUUAGAAGAGUUGCAAGCUAGAAUAGUUGAUUUAGAAAUGAAAAUGAAAGAGAAAGAAGAGAGUACUAGCCUUCAAACUGCUAGUGAGAUUAGUCGAUUGAGGGAAGAACUGCAGUGUCACAUUCAAACAGUGGGUCUGCUCGUAGCAGAAAAAACUGAACUCUCAGCUAGCUUGAGUCAGUUAGAAUUGAUUUCUAAACAGAAAAACUCUGAAUGUGAAGAACUGCAAGCUCGUUUGAAAGCGUCUCGAUCGAGAGCCUUUGAGCUUGAACAAGAAUUAAAUGUUUUGAGGGCGGAGAAAACAAAAAAAGAAAACAUCGGACAAGAGCAAAUAGGUAUUAUCAAUCAAUUGAGAAACUUCAACAGUAGUCUUCAAGAACAAAUGGAGGAAGUUGCACAAGAUCUCUUAGAAGUGAGAGAAAAGCUUAAGAAUAGUUCCGAAGACAAUUUACAACUUCAGAAACUGAACCAGGAGCUUUCGAGAAAACUUUCUUUGGCAGAGAUUACGAUCCAGCAGAUUACAAGUGGAGAACAGCAGCAUCAGGUGGAAAGUCAAGUACAAAAAUUGACGCAAGAGAAAUUUGAACUGGAAAAGCAAUUGGCCAACUUGGUUCUCAAGAUGAAAACCAUGACAAAGGAAAGAGAGGAGUCUACUACUCAAUAUCAGCAAUAUACUCAAGAAUUGAACACUCAGCUCGCUGGUCUUUCCAAUCAGGUUCAACGACUGCAGCAAGAAAAUGAAGACCUUUCAGUUCAAGAACAGAAUCGAAUUAAACAUAUUGGAGAACUUGAGAGACAGCUUCAAAGCCUGCAAAAUGAACAGAUUGCAUUUACAGUGAAUCGACCAAAUGGGGAAUCGAACCUGAAAAACGAGCUGGAUUCUACAAGGGAAUUGUGUAUCCAGCUUCAGAUUGAAAAAACCUCUGCAGAGGAAAACUUUACGAAAGCUGUGAACGAAAAGGAUAUGCUGUUGAAAGAAUUGACAGCUAAAAACGACUCCCUUAGCCAACUAGAAAGCAUGGUUGAACAACUGAGAGGGAACCAACCUGAUAGUGUAAAGUUAUUAGCCACAAUGGAAAGUGAUAAAGUGGCAGCUGCAAGAGCAGUUCAACAGAACAAGGAACUGAAGGAGCAAAUGGAGAGCAUGCAAGAAGUAUUCAUGAAAUUGGAUAAUGAUAAAGUUGAACUCACAGAAAAACUCAACUUGGAACUAUCCAGUAAUAAAGAACUAUUGGAAAAACUUCAGAAAACAGAACUUCAACUUCAAAGACUUACUGAUGCCAUCGAGAUUAAAGAUCGUGAAUUAUCUCAUUUGAGGGAAAAUACCACAGAAUUGAACAGACAAAUAUUGACACAGGAACAGCUCUCAGAUCGACUAAGUCACUGUGAGGUUCAAGAUAAUUUGACCCAGACUCUGCAGCAAGAACUACGUGAAACAAAGUCUACAGUUAUUAGGCUUACUAAUGAGAUGAACAUUUUGAGAAAUGAGAGGAAAUCUGAUAAAGUAAUAGAUAGUAUGGAUAAAAUAGAUGAGGGUGAUUUGAGGAAACAGCUUGAAGAACUAGAAUUGAAAAAUCAUGAACUAGAGUUGAAGCUAGAAGACCAUUCAAUGUUUGGUAAACACUUUGAUGAGAACACUGAUACUUUGGAUAAAGAAUCGGCCAUGAGGCAUUUGGAGGAGAAAGUUAAACAUACCAUGCAGAAAAUUGCUGAUCUUACAGACGAGAAACAGAGGUUGGAACAUCUAGUAUUGCAACUUCAAAGUGAGACUGAAACUAUUGGAGAAUAUGUUGCUUUAUACCAACGACAAAGAAUGAUGCUCAAACAGAAAACUGUGGAAAAAGAUCAGCAAUUGAAACAACUGGAUAACGACAGAAAACAAAUGAAAACUAAAUUGGAAAAACUGAAUGCCCUUAUAAGAAGGCUGGUCGAAGAAAAAGGUUCGGUCCCAACCGAGAUCCUUGAACAACACAAGAGUUUAUCUGAUCAAAGUGAACAUUUUUGUGAAGAACAUACUAGCAUUCAUAAUGAAAUUAAGAAUAUGAAUAGAAGCCAUCAAUCAAACAUAGAAGGAAGUAAGAGUUCGGAAACUGCAGAAGAAAUCAUAGCCCUCCUAUCAGAAAUCAAGACUAGUAAUUUGGUGCAGCCCAGUGAAAAUUUUCAUCAUUGUCCCUGGUGUUCAGGACAGCUCAUUACAGUAUAAUUGAGAUUGUGAUCAUUCUUGAAUUAGGAAAAUGUUGAUAUUUUUGUUACACAUUUAAAUUUUUUAUAAACUUAUACAGUUAACUUUUCCUAUUGUUUUGGGAGUUGAAACACCUGUGAAAGUAUGAUACUUUGCGCAGGCUUGUUUUAAAAAAUAUUACAACUAAUUCAGAAUUAUAUACAGAACAUUUGAAGAAACUCUGAAAAUAGAACCUAUUUCGGUUCUGAAUCUUUUUAUUUGCGUUAGAAGUCAACAGUUUUUGAAAUUCAAUUUUUCUGAAUAUUGAUUUUUUAAACAUUUCAAAAUUGGAUCAUUUAAACAGUUUGAAUGUUCUUUCCAGGACAUAAUUAAUAAAUUCACAAGAAAUUGAAGUACAUUUCUAACCCAUUAUUAAAAAGAUUCAAAUAACCAAUUAGUUUUUGUUGAAAAACUGUUACUUUAAUAUCAAAAUUAGGGGUAUCUUAAUAAAAUUUCUAAAGGUAUCUCGCCUAACAUUACCUACACCAAAAAUUGUGAUUACCUUUUCUACUGAUGUUUGUCAUUCCUUAAUUUGGUUUAUGUAAAAUUUUGUAAUGUUCAAGGGCGAGAAAAUGCUGCUUUUAUGAUUUGUGUGAAUGUGAAUAUAUAGUUUUUAGUGGUAUGUGUGUAUGUGUUGUGAUAUCUGAAUUUAAAUUUUUAAAUCACUAUUUUUUACAGUACGUUUGUCAGUUAUUUAUUUUCUAUUAGCAACUUGUAUGGUUUGAAUUAUUUCUAUUUUGUAAAUAGACUUGUCAACAAUAAACUUGGAAUUCCAUAAUA